GCUCCAGUUCCUGCUUCCGUCAACACACGUGUGAGUGUGAGUGAAGAGAAGACUCAGAGGCAGACCCGCACAGAACCGGUCCACAGUCCACCAUGUUAGAGCAGCUGGGUCUGAUCGGGACGAUCCGGGACGAGGAGGAGAGUCCGGAGGAACCCGACACCGAGUCCGACCAGGAGGACACGCCGAUCGUCCUGAACAGGAAGAAGAAGUUUGGGAGUCGCGGGGCGGCAGAUUUCAACGCUGACUUUGAGUUUGGAGAGAGAGACGUGCUGGACCAGGACGAGGACUGGGUGAUGGCUGACGUCAUGAAACAGCUCAAGAACAAGAGAACUGCAACUACUCUGGAUCAGAAAAUAGAGAAAAUCCGGAAGAAGAGGAAAGCUGAGGAGAAAUCCGCUCAGAGUGAUGCUGCUGAAGGUUCUGCAGGGAAGAACCAGGAGGAGGAAGACGAGGAAGAUGUGAAGCCUCCUGCAGGAGAGGCUGAUGGAGGUGAUGAGGAGGAUGAAGAAGAUGAAGAUGAGUUUGACUCGGCUGAUGAGGAGAUUCUGACCAAAUCAGACACCCUGAGAGACAAAGAGCGACGCCGGAGGAAGAGGAAGGGCGAAGAGGAGGCUCCGGAGACAUUCUACGAAGACGCGUCUCAAUACAACGAUCAGCUGACCUUUGAUGACAUGAACCUGUCCCGACCCAUCCUGAAGGCCGUCACAGCUCUGGGCUUCAAGCUGCCGACUCCCAUCCAGAAGGCCUGUGUUCCUGUGGGCCUGCUGGGGAGAGACCUGUGUGCCUGCGCUGCUACUGGGACAGGAAAGACUGCAGCCUUCAUGUUGCCUGUGUUGGAGCGUUUGGUUUAUAAGCCCAGGACGUCCCAGGUGACCCGGGUCUUGGUUCUGGUUCCUACCAGGGAGUUGGGGAUCCAGGUUCACUCUGUGGCCCGUCAGCUCGCCCAGUUCACCUCCAUCACCACCUGCCUGGCUGUUGGUGGGUUGGACCUGAAGUCUCAGGAGGUGGCACUGAGGGCGGGGCCAGACAUUCUGAUAGCUACACCUGGUCGACUCAUCGAUCACCUUCACAACACGCCGAGCUUUGAGCUGACUCACAUCGAGAUCCUGAUCCUGGACGAGGCUGACAGGAUGUUGGACGAGUACUUUGAGGAGCAGAUGAAAGAGAUCAUCCGGCUGUGUUCCUACAACAGACAGACCAUGUUGUUCUCCGCCACCAUGACGGAGGAGGUAAAGGACCUGGCCGCAGUCUCGUUGAAGCAGCCAAUCAGAAUCUUUGUUAACAGCAACACUGAUGUGGCUCCGUUUCUCCGACAAGAGUUUGUUCGAAUCCGACCAAACAGAGAGGGAGACAGAGAGGCUGUGGUGGCCGCUCUGCUUACUCGGACGUUCCAGGAUCACGUAAUGUGUUUCACUCAGACCAGGAAGCAGGCUCACAGACUGCACAUCUUACUGGGACUGAUGGGACUGAAGGUUGGAGAACUGCACGGAGAACUGAGCCAGAACCAGAGGCUGGAGAACCUCAGGCGUUUUAAAGAUGAACAGAUUGAUAUCUUGGUGGCGACAGAUGUAGCAGCCAGAGGGUUGGACAUUGACGGAGUCAAAACGGUGAUAAACUUCACCAUGCCGUCCACAGUGAAGCACUAUGUUCAUCGUGUCGGCCGGACGGCGAGAGCCGGGCGCUCAGGACGUUCGGUGUCUCUGGUCGGAGAGUCUGAGAGGAAGAUGCUGAAAGAGGUGGUGAAGUCUGCCAAGAGCAGCGUGAAGGCUCGAGUUCUGCCCCCAGAUGUCAUCCUGAAGUUCAGAGAUCUGAUCUCUAAACUGGAGAAAGACGUUGAAGCUGUGAUGAGGCUGGAGAGAGAGGAGAGAGAGCUGGCUGCGUCUGAGGCUAAGUUGAGUGUGGCUCAGAAGCGUCUCGAUAGCUCCGCCUCCUCCUGUCAAUCACAGAGAGUCUGGUUUCAGACUCAACAAGAGCGGAAACAGAGCCGUGCGUCGAAGGCUCUGCAGGAGUUCGAUCUCGCUCUGAGAGGAAAGAAGAGGAGAGAGAAGUUCCUGAAGGACGGCGGGAAGAAGGAGCUGACGCCCGAGGAGCGCGCUCAGUUCGAGAUCCUCAAGGCUCAGAUGUUCGCCGAGCGGGCGGCCAAGAGAGAGAGACGACCGAAGAGAGCGAGAGCUAUGGUGGAGGACGAGACGCCGAGCACAGCAGCCAAUCAGAAACGAGCGAAAGGAGGCAAGAAGUCUGUGUUUGACAAAGAGCUGACCAACACGAGCAGCAAGGCUCUGAAGCACUACAGAGCUGGACCGUCCUUCACAGACAGGAAGCGUCUUGGUUUGGACAGGAAGCGUCCCGGCAGCUCCAGGUUCAAGAAGAAGUGAGAGCCAAGAUAACUGCCUGGAACUGCAGUGUCGUCCAGCAGGAAACGUCCUCAUGGUCUUGUUUUCACUCUGUAAAUCUGUUCUAGUUGUUUUGCUCUUUAAAGAAGUUAUAUAAAUAAAGUUGCAGUCUGUUUGAAAA